GGUCUACUCGCUUCUUUAUUUACAUCAAUUGAACUUUUUUGAGUCUCCUUGUUCUUCCGUUUUGUCUAGUUCAUUGAUUUUUUAACUCUCCCUUUUUUUUGUAUUCUUUUUUUUUUCUCCCUUUCUUUCUUUUCGCCCGCGCAUCUUUCAUUUUUAAUUUCUUGCGUUUUGAGUUCCCUUCUCAGCAAGUGUUAAUAUAAAUAGUGGUUUUUUCUCUUUUACAACACACCUAUUUUCUUCUUUUUUGUUUCCUUAUCCGUCUUUAUCCGCCAUUAUUCAUACCCCUCUAAUUUUUUUCCUUGUCUUUUUUUUUAUUGUGUGUGUGCAUUUACCCACUAUCCGUUGUCUAGUAAUAUAAAACUGUUUGGCGAACUCUCAUGGCGACGACGACGAGUUAUGACUGGGUUGAACUUGUCGAUCCUCAAUUGAAUCAUUCCUUCUACGCCAACGUGAUUACAGGUGAAUGCUCUUGGCAAACUCCGAGUGCGGGCUUGACUAAGCUUGCCAACGCCGAGGAAGAUUGGUGGGAAUUAUGGGAUGAAAAGAAUCGGUUACCUUACUAUUACCACUCGAAAACCAACACUACCGUAUGGACUCCACCUAGCCAAGGACAAGUAUUGUGUUUGACCAAAAUUCAGGCUUCUACGUUUGCCAGGCACAUGUCUCUACCUAUUUCCCCGCCACCACCUUCUUCCCCCUCGCCUUUUAAUUCACUCGAUCCUGGGGCUGGACCCUUGGAUCCUUCUACCAAACGGCACAGUCGAUCGCUUGACCUUGCUUCGUAUCAGGGCCGAAUUCAACCAUCACUGCAACGGUCAGCCUCGGAAAGUGGGAAAAAAUCCACCCUUCCCAUUAUGAACGACGAUGAUAUCCCAAAAGACAAACCGCACCACAUCGUCACGCCUUCCAGCAUGUUUAAUUUCUCUCUUUCCAGUAAACUUCCCGCUCCAUUAAGGAGACCCAGUAUACGACCACAGGCCGAUUCCUCGCGAUUGACGAAUUUUGCCAAAUCGCGUGCGUCGAUAGAGUCGGCUUUCUCCAGUCUCACACGACCUUACAAGUUUGGUGCAGGUGGUAUGAUGAAUCGUAACUCGGUAGCGGUCAGUGCGCCGGCCACCAAUCCAGAAACAGUAACUGCCGUCAGCCCAUUGAAAAAACUACCGACGGUCCAACAUCCUCCCUACAUCGGUCCGCUGGCUCAGACCGGUGAUUCCAAGAAAUCAUUACCUACAAGUCUACAACAAGAUAUUAAUCAGUUCGCCAUUGACGGCUUUGCCAAAAAAUACUUUGCUACCCAUAAACGAGGACUCUUUCGACGUCGUGUACCCAUGAAUCAAAUGUUGCAAUGGACAAAGGAUUCGAUACGUCAACCGUUGAUUAUGUUGAAUAAGGAUCUUUACAAGGAUGCACUUCGAUGCUUCAAAUUGAUUCAGAUCAUCAUGGGAGAGCGGCCAAGACCGCGUGGAUCCAACGAAAUCGAAGAAAUGCAAACGAUUCUGAGUUGCGGCAUCACCAAAGGACAAAUGCGCGAUGAAAUUUACGUCCAACUCUGUCGACAGUUGAACGGCAAUCCCAAAGGUGAAAGUAUCAAGAAGGGAUGGGAAAUUCUGUGCGUGAUCAGCGUGACGUUCCCGCCGUCGAAAAACCUCGAGUCGUAUCUGUUCAAUUUCAUCCAACAGCAUCAUCACCUUCAGGCCAACCAGGUCAAUGUUUUCAGUCACCAUGUCACCAACAAGUUGAAACGCAUUUGUCUUCGUGGCGCCAAAGGCAAAGUCCUCACCGCGGCGGAAAUUGAACGUGCCAAGGAAGCGCCUUUCAAACCAUCGGUAUUUGGAGAAUCGUUGGACCUCAUUAUGCGAUUACAGUCGCAAGAUGCAUUAAAGAUACCACGCAUUGUGCCCUUCUUGGCCGACACGGUGCAUCAAUUGAACGGUCAACACUCGGAAGGAAUUUUCCGUGUUCCUGGCGACGCGGAUGCAGUCACCGAAUUGCGUAUACGAAUUGAGAAUGGUCGUUAUGAUGCGACAGAUAUCACGGAUCCCAAUGUCCCGGCAUCACUUUUGAAAUAUUGGUUGCGCGAUUUGUCCGAGCCGUUGAUCGGCACGGAAUACUACGAUGAGUGUAUUGCCUGUUCGGAUCAGCCUGAUCAAGCUAUUGCGAUUGUGAACAAGUUGCCGGAACUCAAUCGGCGCAUUGUGCUGUAUAUGAUUAGCUUCUUGCAAGAGUUUACCGCGCCCGAGGUGAUCAAGGAGACCCUGAUGAACGUGUCCAAUCUGGCCAUGGUGUUUGCUCCCAACUUUUUGCGUUGUCCUUCCGAAAGUUUGACAGCUGUUUUUGAAAAUUCCAAAUACGAACAAGCGUUCCUUCGUACCUUGCUGUUUGAACUCAAAGCAGAUAAACUCGCAUGUGCUCAAAUCAAUGAACCCACCUUUGGCACUCGAAAAUAAAAUAAAUAGCAGAAAAAAAAAGAAAGUGCUACUGUAUUUCUACAUACUGAUAAUCACCGUGUAACCUCUCAUCUUAAU